CGUAGUCGUAAUGCACUUACUCCAACCAAACAAAGGCAAAUAAAGUGGAAAAAGCGCUUAACACGAUAAAUAAAGAAGUACAGUAUAAUACAAAUAUUGUAGCGGCACAAGACUGUUAUUGGUCCAAAAUAGAAGCGGCGAAAAGUGGGUGACCUCAGUAGGUGGCGGUAAUAACCACUUUUACUCGCGUUUGUGUUUCCAUCCUCUUCAUAAUAAAGAGUUUGGAGAUGCGGACAUCGGCACAGUUACAAGCUGUUGUACAGGAUACAUGCUCCGGUCUGUGAAUAUUCCACUAGGAACAGAUCGUGUGUACGUGCGUGGAAAAUGUAUAAACGCGAAUUGAUGUCAUGGAGCGUUUAAUGUUAUUUUUAGUGCCAUGUAAUGAUCACAGAACACGGGAACUGCAAACUGGAUUUUUUAUGCAACAAUCGAUGAGCUCGACGUGCGUGGAAAGCGUAGUUUUCCUCAUGUCGUGUGACGGAGCCCUGCGGUCGCUCGAGCAGACAUUACAGCCGCGUCUGACGGACACAUCGCUUGCAUCUUUUGUCCCGUAAACAAAUUAGCAACUACUCAUGACACGCAGCGCUGCGCGUUCAGCGCUCAGUCAAUAGCAUUUAAAAUGACGGCUGGGUCUACGUCACCCGCUUCCUCUCCACACGUACGUAGUGGCACAUGACGCAAUUGGCUUUUUCAAUGUCUUAUCUACAGCGAGGUAUGUUGUCAUUCGCCGCGAGACCGCCGCGCUGCGCGCACGCCGCUCGCCGUCGCGUUUAUUUUUGUUUCCCUUGUCUGUGCGUUUCACAUCACCGAGGACAAAGUGACGAAUUGCGCGCGCGUACGGCGCACCGUUGUGAACUCUGUGACAUUUGUGGAACCAUUUUAAUUAGUGCCCGCUGGAAGUCGCUCGCCGAGCCGCCACGAUGUUUAUGUCAGGAUUCUUCAUCAUUUCCCCUGAUUUAUCUUUUAGAAUGACGCCGCAAGAAGAGCGCGAGAGCGCGCGUGGCGUGGACAUCGCCGACGCGUUCGAGGACGACAUGUUCGGCCCGCCGCGCACCGAGCCCGCCGCCAGGCCCAAGCUCUCCAUGAUCUCUGCGCGGCUGCGCGCCAAUGAGGAGCGCAAGCGCGUCAUCGAGAUCUGCUCGCAGAAGCUGGAGAACAUCGAGGACCCCGCGCGGGACCUCCGCCGCUCCGUCUGCAUCAACAACACCUACUGUCGGCUCAGCGAGGAAGCGCGCCGGGAGAAAGAGGCGCGGCGGCGACGGGCGCGCGAGGAGUGCGACGACUCCUGGGUCGGCAAGAAGGCCCGGCGAGCCGUCGAGGACGAGUGCCUCGCGUUGCUCGAUGCGAUCCCCGAGUUGGGCGACGCGAACCUCGGCUGCGCACAACUGGCGCGCCAGAUGCCGCGACAGGACGUACCUCUGCUGCCCCCCGGCCUGCUGACCGUGCUGGACUCAUGACCGCGCCGCAGCGCGCACCUCCACACUCCACUGUGAUGCGACGGCGCCGAAUGAGGCGCUGACCGCCGCUGAGCCGCCGCCGGCGCGGAGCCUGCCUUGACGCGCCGAGUCGUGCCAAGCCGUGCCGAGCUGCCGCUCCGCCGACCGCCGGCGUGCAGACUGCAGUCCCGCCGGCCCGGGCGGCUCUCCAACCGUACGGACUACGGACUGACGAGGAUUAUGAUUUCACGUUACCCCAAACAGACGGAAGACGUUUAGCCAAUUCUUUGUUGUUUAAGAUGAGUACUUACUUUGUUAGCGUGUUUUAUAUUAUUUAAGUGAAAGUUGCUCAGGCGCUGCCAACGGGCGCGGUCCAAUUAGUGUUCAACGAUAAUUUUUUAUAGAACGAAGGGACUCGGACUCAUUUCGAGCUGCGCCGUUGUGACGCGGCACAGACGUGACGUGUUGCGCCAGAGAUAUGGGGGGAAGUUCUACGGUUUAUUGGAGGCAUAGUUGUAAGCGAUAAUUAUUAUGUUAUAUUAUUGUACUGUAAAGUAAAUAUAGUGAUUAAGAGAUAGUGCAAAACGACUGGGAACGGUUGCGACGACAUUGUUGUCUUCUCGCUUAGUUUAAUUUAUGUGCUUAUUUUUUAUUCUGCUUUGCGACUGAGUUAGUAGUUUAUUUGUUAGUUUUGAGGAUCGAACAAGUAAAAUCUCUCGGAGAUUAAACAAAACGCUACACAAGUGACACGCGCGAGCAUUUUAACAAAGCAAUUUAAGGUCAUGUAUAAUUGAGCAAGUGAUUGCUAUUGUUUGGCCAUCGUUAGCAAGUACAAAGGAAAAAUUGUUAGAAAUUAUGUGUCAAUGGAUGGAAUUUUAGUUUCCAUAUCCGACAGUUGCGUGUGUCACCGACCGUGAUUCAGGAAAUGUGUGGCCAACGAUUGGUGCGUGUUGGUUCAAACAUUUGAUCGCGUGGCACAUAUCUCACAUGUUUUGUUGUAUUAUCGCUUUAAGGUUUAUUUUUGUUUUUAUUUUUUCUUGGAACGUUACCUUAUUGCUUACGUCACCAUUUUAAGCUUCGUUACCAUUAUGAUAUUAUAAAUCGGUUACAAUAGUCCAGCUCCUUUAUUUUACUAAAACUUUUGUGGCAUUGUUAAUUUAUUUAUUUUAGGUAUAUUUAUUUUAAUUGCAGUCGUGUACGUUGUUUGUUUGCAAAAUUUUAAACAUUGUUCUAAUUAUAGAUGUCGAAUGGUUUAAUAUUUUUGUUGUCGGUUGUUAGCGUUUAAACAACGUUAGCGAACUGCGAUUUGUUCAUAACGAGCAUACUUAUCGAAUGGUUGUGCAAUAAGUCGAAACCGAUCAAUCACUUGAUUGUGCAAUUGUUUCGUGUUGAGUUCCUUUUCUUUUGGAGUCUUAAUAAUUGUCGCAAAAUAUAUCGGUUGUAGACCGUUUCGCCCCCUCUGAAUAGUAAAUAGGUAGGUAAGAGAGCUCGCUCGCGCGGGGUGCGCCGGCGGGGCGGCGGGGCGGCGGGGUGUCGGUGCGGUGGAGCGGCGGGGCGGCGUGGGGGCUCGGCGGGGGCGGGCGGGGCCGCGGGGGGCUGAGCGCGGGUGGCCGGUGGUACAGUGGGUGGCGCGUGUAGGGUGGCGAGCUGGUUUGGGUCUCUGCACCGUUCCCAGCACUCCUGUGAUAUUAGCCUAGCCUGUGUGUCGUAUUUGUGCUAGUUUUCCCAACCAACUUGUUUGGACAUUGUGCUUGUAAAAAAAGAUGCUUCGAAAAAAUUGAUUCCUUUUCUAUUGGCCAUUGUGUACGUAUAAAAAGGAUUUUUAAGUCAUUUAAAAGUCAGUAGAAACGCAUUUAGACAAUUUUGCGAACACGAUUUGUAAAGUGUAAACUUUGUUUUUGUGUUUGUUUAAAUUUGCUCGAUUUGUAUGUAAUGUUGAAUAAUCAUUAUUGUAUUAUAUAAAUUUUAUAAAUUAAGCGCUUGUACACACAGCUGGCGCCCUUAUUAGGGCGUUGCGGUGUGUGACUUAAUGUUUAAUAAGUCAACAGAUCGCUAAAUAAUGUUUUGUUCACUAGUUAUUAAUAAAUCGAAAUUACAACCAAAUGUAUUUUACAAAUUGUUUAAUAAAACGCACAUAAUUAUGAUAAUUAAGUAGUUCGAUGCAUUCUUUAAGCCACGUUUGAAACGGUUUGUAGCCGUAACAAGCGAGCCACCAAAAGGACCGCGAGUCCCAACGAACGUGGCUUCUAGAAUUAUCUCUAACGAGAUUGUGAGAUUCAUAGAAGUAAAUAAUUUAAUACCGAGCCUCUAGUUUUAGUUGAAACGUGUACAAUUGGAAAUGUAAAAAAAGGAGAUCAGAUUAUUGAAGCGGUGCGUCCCUUUCACACGCACGGCAUACGAGCGAGACAAACUUGAUGCAAUAAGACGCGACCGAUUGAAUACUGUAACUCAUUUCAAUCCACUUCAAAUGGAUAUAAUCCUUAUCGGAUUAACGAACUAACUGACAAAAGUUCAAAUCACUAGCUCAUUGAAUCAGUACAGUUGUCGGCGGUGCACUACUUGUCUUGGAAGAUACGUUAUUAGGACAUUGAUGGAAUAGGCGAUACUCGGUAGCCAGGCAUCUAGACAGAGGCGAGGUGACAAUUGUUCAACGGAGAUAGUAAAGUUAAAUGUUAUCAUAAUUUUAUUAUUGUGAUUAGCUGCUAUUUUAUAAAUGUUUCCUGUCUUAAGCUAAGAGAUGAUCAUUAAAUAAAUAUUACAAUUAAAACUGUAAA